AUGGCAACCAAGAUACUUGCCCUCCUUGCGCUCCUUGCUCUUUCAGUGAGCAUGGCCACAGCGGUCUUUAUCCCACAAUGCUCACUAGCUUCUACCGCUGCAACUAUUCCACGGUACAUCCCACCAGUAACGGCCGUGGGAUUUGAAAACCCAAUUGUGCAAUCCUACAGGCUACAGCAGGCGCUCGUGUCAAGCAUCAUACCAUCAGCCUUGUGGCAGCAACAAUCCUCAGCGCAUUUGACAGUACAGAGCAUCAUGGCACAACAACAAUUGCAACAGCUUUCGCCUGCAUUCAAUCUACUAGCCACUGCAAACUCUGCUACCUACUUGCAACAACAGCAGCUUUUUCAAGCACUCAACGAACAGGCUGUAGCUAACACUGUUGCCUACUCGCAGCAACAGAUGUCUCCAUUCAACCAACUCGCUGUUGCAAACCCUGCCGCCAUCUUGCAGCAGCAACUAUUAACAUUGAACCCCCUGGCUGCGGUAAAUCCCACCGCCUUCUUGCAGCAGCAGCAGCAGCAGCAACAGUUGUUGCAACUGAACCAACUGGCUGUGACAAACCCUGCCGCAUACUUGCAGCAGCCCAUCAUUGCCAGUUCUCUAUUCUAG